GCAGACCCGGCCUGAGGCUGAGGCUGGAUUCCUGGAGGCUGCCAUGUUCUCCCUGCCUUCCCUGUCCUCCUGGCUCCCCAACCUCCCUUCCUUUGAGUGGGGUUCCAGUCUCUUCGACAGCCUCCUGCAAGGCCUGAUCGGGGCCCUUGGAGUCUCGGUUCUCAACAGUCUCCUGAAAGUUUACUUCUUCGUGGCCUGUGUCAAUGACCCCCAGCGGCAGCCCCAAAAGCAGCGGCUGCGAGCGCAAUGGGCCUCGUUGGAAAUGGUGCAUCUGGCUGGUCUGGCCCUGUUCUUGACCGUGAUAGGGGCCCGGGUAGCCGCCCUCGUGGUCUUGGAGUUCUCCCUCCGGGCUGUAUCCACACUGUUGUCCCUGGGCAAGGGCACCGGGGACAAGGAGCGGCUCCAGCUCUUCCUGGUGUGUCAGUUCUCCCUGGGCUGUGGGCUAAGCUGUGGCCUGAGCUUCCUACAGGAAGGCGCCCCACACCGCUCCCUGAACCUGCUGCUGAGCCUGGGGCUGGCUGCACUCCUCGGUCUGGGUGCCCGGCGCCUAAACCGCCACAUCUGCAGCCUCUAUGAACUGCACAGCAGCCAGCGCUACUGUGGGGUCUGCUUGGGUCUGCUGGCCAGCCAGCACGGCAUGCCCAGGCUCCUGGGCCGCGCUCUGACAGUGGCCUUUGCUGUGAGUGAUCUGGCAGCUGUGGCCCUCAUCAACAAGGACUUCCUGAGUUCGUCAGAGGCCGUGCGAUUCUGGACCCCACUCACCAUUUGCUACACACUGCUGGUCAUCUACAUGCAGGAGGAGCAGCGGCAGCAUCGCUUCAGCCUACAGGGCCAGGUCCAGACGGUGCUGGUGCGCAUGGCUGGCCUCUUCCUUCUGUUGCUGACCGUGGGCCGCUGGCUGGAUCUCCUGGGUGUCUUUGUCUCCCUUUUGGGUGAGCUGUGGUGCUUAGCUGGUAUUCGCGCCUUAAUCGACCUCUGCCAGAUACAGGGCUUUCCACCCCAGAGGCCUACAGUAACAGUAGCAGUAACAGCAGAAGGAGAAUCAAGAUGGACAGGUCCAUGCGAGCCCCUGCCUUCCGCACCUGCCCCAGCCAGAAGCACGGUCCCCUCCUGACUUGCCCUGCGGAGGAUAUGAAGUCAGUUUCGGACCUGCAAGGGCUAACCAGCAAGGUCUUGACCACAUGAAGUGGCCUGAAGACUGAGUGCCAGAGCUGGUCCCCACCUAGACUUUUGGGCAGGCCAUGGGGAACUCUGGAGAAAACGGGUGGCCAGGGCAGGGGACCUAGAGAGGCAGGGACAUGAAGGCCUCUGAGCCAACCCCUUUCUCUCGAAGAUGGGAAGCUUCAUCAGACCCAGUUCUCCUGGCGGCAAGAGGACAGAGGACAAUUGUGACCUCAGAAUGGCCCCUGCCCGCCGGCCACCCCUCCCCCACCCUGCUCUCUCCAAAGACAAUAAAGGUGACUUUUCUCUCCCAA